AUGAGCGCGGUCCCGGGCCUCUCUGGAGCCCUCAAACUGUACGAAUCUGACAAGGUCAAGGACCGUAUGCAGGGCGGCACCGUCCUCCGUGAGAUCAUCGGCAACCGCGCCAACCUCGAGACGCUGCAAGCCAUAGCGAACCGCGACGGAGGCAAGGGCUGGAUCGCUUUCUUCCAGUGCCUCUUCGCGAGCGUGCUCAUCGAGAAGAAGGCGGUCAUCAAGAAGAUUGGCGCGAACACUGAGAGCGGGCUACCAGCUGCGUUAACCCGGCUCUCGGAUGCGGCGAAUCUUGUACGCUUCGCUGCCGAGCGCAGCGUGCACAUGAUCGGGCGCAAGCCGCUCAGUGCCCUCCUUUUACACAUGGUCACGCUGCUCGUGCAGGAUGGACGCAUCUUCGAGCCUGUGGCUGUCAGCUACGUCAAGGCACUCCGCACGCUCCUCUCCUACCCACCACAUCUCGAGCACUUGGAUGACGGGCUGUGGCGGCGUCUCAUGACUGUGUGCUGGGCGACAAUCCUCAGCGAACGCAUCCCUAUGGACAGCGAGUUGACCGGAGAUCCUGACGACGAGGACGAGGAGAUCGACACGGACGCAAGUUCGUUCGCGACCGCCGGCUCGUCGCUCCUACUCAACGAGAUCGUAUCGCUCGUACCGGUCCUGCUGUCCAGCUCCAGCGCUCCUCUCAUUCCUCCGCAACCCGCCAUGAUCGAGGAGCCAAAGCCCGCCCUCGGCUUCACCAUUCUCCACAAGAUCCACCGACACAUCGGCCAGAUCGGGCAGGGUCUCGUGUCGACCCACAUCCUCCGCGCCCUCAACAUUCUACUCGGCGAACUCGAGCUCAACUGUAGAGAGGACUUUACCAAGCUCUCCCUCACAAUAUUUCCCCAGCUCGCGACGAUGUGGACCGCAAAGGCCAAGGGCGACCUCGGUCAUCGCGAGCACGUUCUGGUCGCGCUCCGUACCAUGCUGCCAUACAUCACGCACAGCACCAUCGCAUCAGACAAGAAGGAGACUGUGAGGGAAGCCAUGAACCGCAUUCUGGACGGCAUGCCAAAGGAAGCAGGCUCUCGCGCUGCGGCCAAGCCCUUGGAUCUGGAGACCCUGCGAUUCAAGGCCGGCGGCACCAAGCUUCCUGAGACUGCAAGUCGCCCGCCAUUCGAGCUGAUGGGUGUCACCGCUGGCUUUGGCUUCGAUGCUGUUCAGGCGUUCAAUUGGGCCGCGGUGGAGCUGCUGGCCGACUGCUGCUUCCACACGUACAACACGUACAGUAUCGUCUCCUCAUCGGCAAUGUCCUCCACCCUGAGCCAACCAGCAUCUAAACGCCGACGCAAGGAUGGUGGCAGUCUGGAGAAGCUCUUUACCCUCAUGUUGGGAGGCAACUCCCAGACGCGCCUCCUCGCGACGCAGGUAGUGGUGUUCUUUGUGGACCGCCACUGGUCACGCAUUCACGGCGAGGCGAAGGACGCGAUGCGACACCGUCUUGUGCAGCUCUUGGACGACGACGACGUGGAGCUGCAGUCAUGGGCGUUUAUCGGUCUGUCGUGCUUCGCCACCAUCGACACGAGCUCUGAGAUUCAAGAACGCCGUAGCAUCCCUCUAACGCCAUCCCACCGGCAGGCGCAGUUCUCGUCAUGGAGCCACAUGUGGACGCACGCUAUCCGCAAAGUGUCAGUCCCCACAGUUGCGCGCACGGCAUGUCACGCUGCUGAGGUCUUAUUGCACGCUGGCAAGGUCGAUCAAGCGCGGAGUCUACGAGACAUCCACCAACUCCUGAUGAUCGUGGACGUCCAAGGCCCGCCUGUGGCUUACGAAGCGACUACUUCCUUCCUCAUCGCCUGUCUCGAUCGCGUGCGAGCCGACUCUGGGCUCUACGCUGCAAACCUUGAGGACAAGGUCAUCGAUUGGUUUGGGCGGACGUAUAUGGCGGAAGGAUAUCGCAAGACUCCUGGGCCUGCCACACCUGUCAAUGUCCUCGACUUCCUCACGCAUCUGUGUACUUUCCCCCAGGCCGGCCUUGAGGACGCGACGGUGCUCGAGCUCCUGCCGGACUGCCCGAUCGUGAACCGAAUCGUUGAGGAGGCCGUCACAGAGCCGCUGCGACGACUGAUCCUCGACGCGGAGAUGCCGUCGCUCCCCGAGAAAGAACGCAAGACAGCAGCGGUUCCGAGCACGCCAACAGACAUGGACUCACUUGCCCUGCUCGAGGGACGCCCACGCAAGCUGUCUGACGCACUCAAGAACGCAAUGGAGCGGGCCCUCUCUCAGUGGGCGCUGCUGACGGACCGCUCAAGUCGCCACCUCAUCAACGCAACCGCUGUUCGCAAGGGUAUUGACCUCGUUGUGAUAACCCUUGCAUUCCAAGCCGCGAUUCACUCCAACGGACUUCGCCCAGAGACCAGUUGCCUCAAUCUUGCCGAGAGUCUUCUCGCCACCCUCAUCCCUCACAUCCGAAGCAUGACGGAGAACGUACCCUCACAGUUACUCGUUUGGCGAGGGUUCGCGCCUCUAUUCAACACGCAUCAGGAGCAGACAGAAGUGUGGCCAAUCCUAUUAAAGCCAGAUCGGGCAUCUGGUAUUCGUCGUGACGUCCUCCCGUCAACCAGUUACGCGUCGUACUACGACGAGGAUGACGAGGAUGCUGGAAGCCGUUCCGAGGCCUUGCUCUCCAUUGUCUGGAGCAAUGAACAGACUAGCUCAGUCCUGGACGAUCUCGUGCAGACAGCGAAGCAAGCUCUCGAGAACGUGCGAGGCUCAAGCGGUGCCGCCGUGAUGGCACUAGAAGCCGCUGACGACGACGACUUUGGUCCGAUCCUUAACGUCGAGUCAGACGCCAUUCCAGCCUCUCUCGAGUCCCGGGUAGCGCAGCGUUCAACGUCGUCUCUCCUGAAGACACUCGUAGACCUCCGGCUCCGAAGCCAGAAACUACGCUCCCCCGAUCGCCGUCCACCCAGGGAUGUGGCGCUCGUUAACACCUUCAUCCAGUGCGAGAGUGCGCAAUUCACGCAGCUCGGCUCUGCUGUGUGUGACGCGAUCCAAGACGGCAGUCUUAGACUUUCUGUUAAAGUCGUCGACGCCAUGCUAGGAGAGAUCGAGGAUCGCAUCGCAACAUAUGGGUUCAAGCGCGACAGCGAAAUGAUCCGUUUGGCCGUAAUGUUUCUGGCUCGGACGGCAGCUGUCUGGCUUGCACCCGAGAGCGGCCUCAGUGACAGGGCGAUUCAAAUGAUAAAAGGCUUUGUCAUGAAGGUGCAGCACGACUAUCCCAUGUCGUGGCAGGCGCGCCUGCAACUUUUGCUCUUCAUCGAUGAGUACCUUGAGUACGACCCGACAUUCAGCGCUUGGGCGCAUAUGUCCGAGACUGACGAGGCCGAUGUUGUAAUGGGAGGCGAGCACCCCGACGCUCUCGGGCCCAUGAAGUACAACCUGGACGCGACUAGCGACCCGGACGCCCGGGUCCGCUUCCGCGCCGCAACGUCUGCGGCCGCAGUACAUUACCUCCCAAAUAUGCCAGCCGACGUCAAGGCUCAGGCGUAUUACGACGUCGUCACGGGUCAGUCAUCGGAUUCGAUCUCCGCCGACCGCUUCUUAACCAACCUGCUCUGGAAGAUCAACACAUGCAUCUCCAGCGCACAGCUUCGCUCUGGCACAAUUUUCCAUCUCUACGAGGUUGCGGACUUUGCUCGCGACUUCCUAGUCUAUCUUCGCCCUGGACUGUCUGCCAUCGCCAGUCGCCUCGGCCUUGACUCGCUGCAGCCGCUGUUCCACGCUCAUGCUAACGUGGUUGUCGUGAACCAGUUAGGUAUGGGACAACUGCCACUCGCUUUACCUCCAGAAGUUUACGGCUGCGACAAGCGUAAGGAGUUUGCUCAGCUCUGUCUUGAAGCUGUUGGAUCGAAAAUUCUCGCCGAGCCGCACCUACCACACAAUCUCCCGUUCUUCCAGGCGUUGUGCAAUGCCGCCGGUGUAAACGAGCUGCAGGCGCGCAUGCGCUACCUUCCUUUCGCGGCUGCGAUUGCAGUCGCGCAGACCAUCCAGGAGAUGGACGUUUCGGAGCCCGCAGCCAUCAACUCUCAGGGUCUGGAAGCCCUCCAUUCUCUCCAGCAGAAUGACGACCUCAACAUCAUCGACUACCUGGGCCGGAGCGUAGAAAUUGUCGUCGCUGGCCUGUUCACCCUCGUUGAUCUGAAUACGACCAACGACGAGGUGCUCUCCUUCUUGGAGAGCAUUGGGUCGAAGGGCCUGGAGGCAAGCGACACCUUCGCACGGCUGAUGAACAGCGACCAGUCCCGCGCUAAUAGCCCUCCAGCCCUCGACCCAGCUGCGUCGAUCUCGGGUGUCCUGUACGCACAUCACUUCUUCAAGACACAGUUUAAGUCGAUGCGUAAGCCACGGAUGGUAUUCAAUGCCAUCGUCCGCCUGUUCCACGAGCUAAACUCGGCGUACCUUGUGAACGAGCAGCGGCGUUAUCUCCGCGCUAUCGCACUCGUGGUUUCGCUGUACCAGGACGAGUUCGAGUCCGCUCUGGUCCUUCAAGAGUUCCUCCGCAACGUGAUCGACUUGCUGAGCAUGGACGACAUCGGGCCGAUCGCAUUCUCGAUGGUCCAGUGGGGUUUCGACCGGCUCCCACAGGCCAAGGAACCUCUACCUGAGCUUGCCAACCUCUUUAUCAAGCUCGGCUCGGUCAGUGCGCAGCUGCACAGCAAGUCGCACAUGCAAGUGCUUGCCGCCGACCUCGACCGGUGGGUUGGCAGUAAGUCCCAGUCAUGGCACAUGUCGGACGCGAUAAUGCCUGCGCUCGAGUCCGCAUUAGUCUUCUGGCCGCAGGGCUGGGUCGAGCACUUCCGCUUCCCAGACCAGCACUUCUUAGACGUGGCCGAUUUAGCCAAGCGACCCAACACGAACAGCACCAUGGCGCUUUCCAAGCGUCUGGUUGAAGCGGCCCAGCGCCAGGCAACGCGGGAGAACAAGGACAAUUUCCUCUCUGCGACCUUCUGGUACCUUAAGCAGGGGCUCAACCCGGAUAGGUGGACGCCGGAUGGGUCGGCUGCCUUCCUCAACCUUCUCCACAUGGUCAAUGGCGAGGUCCACGCACCGUCACUCGAUACCAUCAACAACCUCACUGGCCGGGCCGACAUCAUGGAGGUCGCCAGAAAGCUGGGUGAUCGGCCUCACGACGCCCUUCGCGUGACCGUGCUACAGAGGGUGCUCGAGCAGACCGCCAGCGACGAUUACCGCCUCCGUUACACGGCAUUCGAGGUCUUACGGACGACUAUGCCCAUCAUCACGGAGUCGUUGAACGCCCUGCCAGCCCAUCUGCGGGGUCUGUCUGAGUUCUUGGUUCCCGACACGCCUGUGUCCUGUUCUGAGGAGCCGAACCUCGAAGCUCUAGUGACAGAGGCCAGUUGGAUACGCAAGUCGCAGUCGCACGAGGUGUGGGCAAAGGACCUCGCGAUAAUGCUUGGCGCCCUCGCCUCGACUACCGACAAGUUCUAUGCCUGUCUUCAGCCCAUGCUGUCGGCACCGGGCAAGGCUGCGAUCCUCUUGCCCCCAUUCCUGGUGCAAGCUGUGCUCCAGUGUGGCGACCAUGAUGUGGCUGCAAAGCGGGCUGCUACCCUGUCUGACCACUUCUCCCAGGUCCUGCAGUUCCCAACGGCGUCGUUGCAGACGGUCGAAGCGAUCAUACAGAUCGUCCUCCACUUGCGCAACUUCAGGCCUUCAUACGCGACUGGCGAGCUCUCGCACAACCACUGGCUGAGGAUUGACCCAUUGGUGCUCUCCGAGGCUGCUGGAAAGUGUGGUGCAUUCGCGAGCUCUCUGCUGUUCCUUGAGAUGGCUAAGGACCGUGACGACAUCGGAAACCAGGACCUCGACCUCUCCGACACGCGUGUUCAGAAGAUCAUGUACGAUAUCUAUAGCAACGUUGAGGAUCCCGACGGCUUCUACGGCAUCCAGAACAACAACGUCAUGGACUCACUGCACCGCCGACUUGACCACGAGGAGCAACCUCUGCGCGCCAUGGGCUACAACCUGGCGGAAGUUGAGGCUACACAGAGUCAGGCAACGAUGGCGGCACCACUUAUUGCUGCGCUGAGCAACCUCCAUGACCUCGGCUUUGACACCCUCGCGGGCUCGGUCAUGAAGUCGCUCAAAGCGAGACGUGAGGUGCAAGCUGACUCGGACCCAUUCUUCCUCGAGCUUGCGUGGCGCAUGGGCGACUGGGAUGUACCUGUCACCAACGACCUGGCGGCGACCUCUGCCGGGCGGUUUUACAGCGCCCUGCGUGCCGUGCACCGCGAGCGCGACUACGAGGUGGCGCGCCGUACCGUCAGCGAGGCCAUUCGUGCCGAGAUGGCGCACCUGCAGAAGAUCGGCGUGGAGCGCAUGACGGAGAUCAAGAAAGUUGUGGCAAACCUCCUCUGCCUCCGCGACGUGGAACGCUGGGUUUCCUUGCCGAUGCAGCAGGCUCUCGAGCAGGACGACUUCGAGGGACGGUACCUGACGGGCUUCGUCCAACUCGACCCAUCCUUUGAGUUCAAGAGCGCCGAACGCUUAUCUGCGACGCGACUCUCGCUUAUCCGGUCGGCCCGCGCGCGCGAGAGCAAGAACCUCUUCGGCGACCUCGUUUCCUUACAGGCCGAGGGCCUCAUGAAGAUGGAGAGCCAGUGUCAGCUGCACAUGAGUAAGCUCGCGCGGAAGGAAGGCAACCUCCAAGCGGCUGUCAACGCCAUUACGGCUGUGCGAACCCUCGAGCAAAGCGUCGGUUCGCUCUCGGAGACUGCUCAAGACGAGUUCAGCCAAGUGCUUUGGGCACAAGGGGAACACUCCCUCGCCAUCAACCACGUCGGCUCAAUCCUCACGCCGCUCAAGCUCAUGGUCGACGAGAAAGGCCGCAAAGGUCUUCCCAAAGUCACUGCCCGUCACGCGACACUCCUCUCGAGGCAGGCGAACUGGUACUGGCUCGCUAAGCUCAAGUCGGCCGAGGAGAUCAGGUCGAUAUCCAGACGCGCCAUGGACCUCGCCACGGCUGCUCGAGCCUCGCAGGAGGACCAGGCUCAGAUGGCCCACGACUUUGCCGUCUUCACUGACCGCUACCACCAGAUACUGGCCAAGUCGCCGGAGCUGGAGCGUGUCAAGUCGUACGUCGACCGUCGACAGGGCGAGGUUAAGGCUGCGGAGUCUGCUCGUGCGUCGACACCAGGCAGCCGUCGCAGUACCCUGCAGCCUGAUCAGCUGCUCGAGGAGGAGAGUCAGAACAUGGCCCGCCUUGAGGACGAGCUCCUACGAUAUGUGGUCUAUUCGGUCCAAUGUUACGCUGUGGCGCUGAGUUUCACCGACAAGUUCGACGACUCCAUCACCCGCCUCUGCUCGCUGUGGCUGGAGCACGACACGAACCAGCAAGCGAACGAGAAGUUCGGGCUCAGGCUCACAAAAGUCCCGACGCACAAGUUCUUGUUUCUCAGCCCGCAACUGUCGGCCAAGCUCUUCCGCCCAUCGACCCCAACCGAGUUCAACACCCUACUCAACAACCUCAUUCUCCGCAUUGCACAGGACCACCCCUACCACAUCCUGUACCAGAUCAUCACACUAUCGAACAACCCUAGCGUGUCGCGGUCCACGGGCUCACGUUCGAAAGCCGUUGCUGUUGACGGGCGAGUGGCCGCCGCGCAAGAGAUCCUGGACCGCAUUUCGGCAGACAACGAGCACCGCGUGGCGCAGACGGCCGUUAAGGCCAUGAAGACAUUUUCCGAUUGCGCCGUCGCUUGGUGCAGUGCAGACCACAACAAGGCCAAGCCAGGAGUGCUGCUCCAGGCCUCGUCCUCGUCACCACUCAUGCAGUGCCGCGGCCUCAAAAUUCCUAUCGCGACCGUGCCUCCACCAGUGGACCUGGAGAGUCGGUACGAGAACAUCCCGACGCUCGAUCGAUACCGCUCCAAGUACAAGCUUGCCGGCGGUCUUCACAGACCUUCCAUCAUGGCGUGCUACGAUUCGCUCGGACAGGAGCACGUCCAAUUGUUCAAGGGUGAAGACGAUGUGCGCCAAGACGCAGUGAUGGAGCAGGUUUUCGAGAUGACGAACCGACUGCUGCAGCGCGACCGCCGCGCCAACGUGCGCAACCUUAAGUUCCGCACUUACAACGUCGUUCACCUCGCCAACCGCUCGGGCAUCAUCCAGUUUGUCGGCCACACGGUUGCCAUCGGAGAUUGGCUCAAGGAUGCGCACAUUCGGUAUCGCCAGGGCAUCGAUGUGAAGGCCGAUGUGAUCCGUAAGAACAUCCACAAGCUCCAGGACGGCACCGGCGAUAAUGGGCCUGCGAUCACAAAGGUGUGGAAGGAGCACAUGGCGCACUUCCACCCCGUCAUGCGCCAUUUCUUUACUGAGAAACGGCGUGAACCGCUGGCAUGGUUCACGAUGCGGCUCAACUACGCGCGAAGCGUCGCCGUGACAUCCAUGGUUGGGUGGAUGAUCGGCCUCGGCGACCGGCACUGUUCCAACAUCCUCAUCGACAAGGUGACGGGCGAGCUGGUGCACAUCGACUUUGGCAUCGUGUUUGAGGAGGGCAAGAAGCUGCGCAUCCCCGAGAAGGUGCCGUUCCGGCUCACGAACGACAUUGUCGACGGCCUCGGGGUCACGGGCGUCGAGGGCACUUUCCGACAGUGCUCCGAGCACACGCUGCGGGUGCUGCGCGAGUCAUCCGAGCUCGUCCUCACCGUGCUCGAGGUGUUUAAGCACGACCCUCUGCACAACUGGGUCGGUGACCCAAGUAAGAUGCGCCGCGCCGGUGGCGGUCAGGCUCAGGCGCAGGGCGCAGGCCAGGACAAGGCUGAGCGGGUGCUCACUCAAAUCCGACAGAAGCUUGGACCUGAGCUCAGUGUCGAGUAUCGCGUCAACCAGCUUAUGCAGGAAGCGCGGAACGAGGAUCAUCUGUCUAGGAUCUUCAUUGGCUGGCAAUCAUGGCUGUAA